CCGUGCUGGCCAGGUCUCCUCGAGCCGCCUGGUUCCCGCAUCCACUCCCGUCCCAUCCCUCACCUCGGCUCUUGUACCGGCAGGAACUGGUCUUCCAAGACCACGAAGUAGCAUACGCACAGGGAUCAAGCACGCGUGAGCACAAAUGGCGGUGCUGUCGUUUUCCCCCGCUCAAUUCGUCGCGGCCAUUCCCCCGGCAACUCGAGCCUACACCGCUGCUACUGUCUUCUUUUCUCUGCUGUACUACAUCCUGACCUGGUCGGGCUACCCUGCGCCAUAUCUUGUGCUCGUUCCUGGGUCAAGUAUAUUCUAUCCGUGGACCUUCCUGACAUCUGCUUUCGUGGAGACUACCGUCGUAGAGCUUCUGUUUACUCUCCUCGUAAUCCCAGCCUCUCUCAGAUACCUUGAACGACUAUGGGGUGCUGUGGAAUUGCUCAAGUUCAUUGCCGUCACCAUUACCGUCUCGAACAUCAUCGCGUUCGGCCUGAACUGGAUUGAAUACAUCGUCCUGCGCUUACCAGUGUUCCUGUACGGCCAACAGUACCAUGGUCAAAUGGCGUUGCAGAUUGGCGUCCUCGUCGCGUUCCGGCAAAUCAUACCGGAACACCAAGUGCAACUGUUUGGUGUCCUCAAGGCCAGAGUAAAGACCCUGCCCAUGGCGUAUGUCACAUUCUCGACAGUGAUGUGCAUCAUCGGAUUCCAAUGUCCGUUCAUCGUCAUCCAAUUUGGAUGGCUGGUAUCGUACAUCUGGCUACGGUUCUACAAGAAGAAUAUCGGCGACCUAGGCGGUGGCCCUCUGUACGGGGACAGGAGUGAAACUUUUGCAUUCAUUACGUGGUUCCCGCCGCUCCUUCACGGACCCCUUACCUGGCUUUCAAACACAGCCUACAUGCUGGCUUCCAGGUUCCAUUUGAUCCCGUUAGGCGGCUCGGACGUCGAGUCUGGUGGAUACGCUGCUGUACCAGGAGGUGCACGCGCAGAAGCAGAGAGGAGAAGGGCUAUGGCGCUGAAAGCGUUGGAUCAACGCUUAGCAGGUGCUUCCUCGUUGCCCGCGUCCCCGCAACGGCCAUUGCAAAGCAAUGGGACAUCACGGCCCGCAGCUAGCAGCACGACGAGCCUGAGCAGUGAUGCUUCUGGGCCCAAAAAGCCUGCUGGAGAGACAGACGUAACGGAGGCGGGAUCUGGAUCGACUUCGGGGCCGCGGCCCAUUAAAUAAAGUCGAGUAGUCGCGGCCACAGUACCGCACUUGCCGCUUCCUUCAUCUGUCCGCGUCCAUCGCCACUUCUAAUGAGUACUAUAGUCGUCGUGUUCUCCUUAUUCCGUCUGAUUACUAGUCGGGUCGUUCCAAUUGAAUAACGCAUAGCAUGUACACUACUGUUGACAGUCAUGGUAUCCUGCAGUUGUACGAUCCCGGAA